AUGGGCCAAUCAGCCUCGCAGCAGUCUAGCAGCGAGACGUACCUGGCCAAGCCCAGCGGGAGCUGCUGUCUCAAAGGGGCCAUCCAUGAGGGCGAGUCCAGAGGCACUUGGGAGACCAUCGCAGAUGUCGAAACCUACGUCUCGAGACCGAAACCGGACAAGGCCAAUGGACACAUACUCCUCUACUUUCCGGACGUAUGGGGCAUGUUCCCCAAUGGCCUGUUGGUCAUGGAUGCCUUUGCCGAUGCAGGCUACUUGGUCCUAGGCCUCGACUACUUCCGUGGGGCUAGUUCACACCUUGACCCCGUUUGGAAGCAUCGCAAAGACCGCCAUACACACAAUCCGGACUUUGACUACGAGGCCUGGAAGCGCAAGCACACAGCCUUUGCUGAUGCCGCGGUUCCGAAAUGGGUCGACGCCGUCAAGAAGAGCUACGGCGCGAGCACGACCAGGUUUGCCUGCGUUGGCUACUGCUUCGGGGCACCUUAUGUGUGCAACGAACUGAAGGGCGAUACAGUGACGGUCGGGGCUUUUGCUCACCCGGCGUUCCUCAAGGAACAUCAUUUCCAUGAUCUAAAAAAGCCUCUGUUUCUCUCCUGCUCAGAGGUCGACCACACGUUUGACGUCGCCUCGCGACGUCGAGCACUGGACAUCCUACAGUCUAACAAGAAGGUCUUUCACUACCAGGUAUUUUCCGGUGUCGAGCAUGGAUUUGCUCUAAGAGGUGAUCCAAAGGAUCCUUACCAACGGUGGGUGAAGGAGCAGAGCCUUGCGGGGAUUGUGGCGUGGUUUGAUUACUGGUUAUCCCAAUAG